GCGCUCUCUGCCGCGGGCCGUCCCCGGGGAGCUGCUUGCAGCGGGUUUCAUCAUGCUGAGGAGCCUGCGCGCAGCCCGGGCGCCUCGCAACGCCCCGGGGACCCCCAGCGCUGAGCUCAGCGGGUGCCCCAGCCCCCCCUUCCCUCCCCUCUGGGCCGCGGAGCAGACCCGCUGUGCCCGUGCCCGGGUGGCAUUAGCAGGCUGCUCGCGGGCUCGGCAGUGGCGGUCCCGCUCGGCCCUCGUUCCCAGACAGCUGAUUGAAGGGGGCUUUUCUUCUUUUCAUUGCUUCAUUAAUCUGGAGCAAUGCACAGCCUCUAAGUUGGAGUGGGCUGGGGCCGCCUGCUAGAAGACGUGGUGCCCCAGGAUGCAGCGUCCCCUUCCCUCCUUUGCCCGCCGCUCGAACAUCCUCACGGGCCUGCAGGACCCAGCCGUGGACACCAGGCCCAAGCUGGACCUCAGCUCCUCUGGCAAGAGCCAGCAGCAUCAGUAUGAACUCAACAGCAAGAAGCACCACCAGUACCAGCCCAAUGGCAAGGAGAGCAGCAUGAAGCACCAGUCCCACAGCAAAGGGAAGUAUUACUACCAGCUGAACAGCAAGAAGCACCACCACUACCAGCCGGACCCCAAGAUGUACGAGCCCCAUUACCAGCCCAGCAGCAAAGAGCCGCAGGGCCAGGCCUGCUUGGACAAUAACAAGACCCCCCUGGUCACCCACCCAGACAAGUGGGCUCAUGGCCCAGCCAAAAACUUGCUGGGCCCAGUCAAGAACCUCACAGCAGAGAGCAAAAACGGAGCCGAGAAGAACCUGUCCAGUGGUACUGGGCCACCCCCCCGGGACAGGGUGACCAGCAAUGGCCUUGGGGGAAAGAUGAAGAUCGUGAAGAACAAAAACAAGAACGGGCGCAUUGUGAUUGUCAUGAGCAAGUACAUGGAGAACGGCAUGCAGGCGGUGAAGAUCAAGUCUGGGGAGCCUCCCCGUAAGCGGGCUGCGGAGGAGAGGACUCCUAAGAAGGGUGGGGAGGAGAAGGUUGAGGCUUGGAGGAAGCCAGGGGAGGAGAGGGUGGUGGUCAGCAAUGCCCUGAGUAAAGCAGAGGGCGAGAGCCGGCAGCCCCCUGCAGAGCUGGAGGAAGGUCCCCAAAAGACUCCCUUGGCCAAGGAGCUGCCGCUUCCUCCAGCAGAGCAGCCCUUGCAGCUCACUACCAAGCCGGACCUUGUGCCCUGGUCCCUGAGUCCUGUCUGCGAGCACAGCCCUUCCUCCAUGGGACUGAACCUGUCCAGCGCCGGCUCGCGGAAGCGCUGCCUGUCGGAGCCGCACGUGGAGCGGGAGCCGGGCAAGAAGCGCCUGACCUCCCGCAGCAUCAGUGCCCCCACCUGCCUCAGCCCCCCGGCCCCCGAGCGGCCGGAGCCGCCUGCCCAGCCGGAGGUCAUCCUGCUGGACUCAGACCUGGACGAGCCCAUAGACUUGCGCUGCGUGAAGCCGCGGGCGGAGGGUGAGCUGGCCCUGGCACAGGUGAAGCCGGAGCUGCCGCCACCACCACCGGCUGAGAAACCGGCCCCGGAGCCUCCACAGCCCCAGGAGGCCACAGAGGAGGAGGAAGAGGAGGAGGCCGAGUCCCUGCAGGAAUUCAAGCCCUUCUUUGGGAAUAUAAUUAUCACAGAUGUGACCGCAAACUGCCUGACUGUGACCUUCAAGGAGUACGUGACGGUGUGAGGUGGGAUGGCAGCUGCUCCCCGUGGGAGCUGCCCGCCCAUCCCGGGGCCACCGGCCCCACAGCCUCCCUCCAAGGUACUGGUGCCCCUUCCCCGGAGCCCACGUGCCCCUGCCCGCGCCGCGGCGGCCGAGCCCGCCGUCUCCACCGAGGGGACGCCGGGACAGGGCCGGGCACGGUGGCCAUCCCUGCCACGUGGGGUGACCUCGCCGCUGCUCCCGCCCCGCAGCUGGGGGCUGCUCCAGGACCUGCAGGCAAUGGGACACACAAGGAUGGGACCCGCCAGUUACUCAGAGUUAUAGUAUUAUAUUUUAACAGUGCUAACUUGUCAAGUGAUUCUUGCUCCCGUUUGUACGUGGUGUUAUUGAAAUGUAUUGUUUGAGCUGAAAGCUGGUCGCUCCCUGGCCACGCUAAUAUAUUUAUUUGUAGGUAUUUAUAUAAUGAAAUAUAAAGCCUAGAUUUAUGGAGCCCCUAGAUCACCUUAUAAACUAUAUCAAACGACUAUUUUCUGUUUUCCUUUUUAACCAUUGAGCAUUUGUUAGUCUUGGUCCCUUGCCCUCCCCACGACCCGCAGGACCAUCCCGUAUAUAUUUUUUGAUACUGUACACAUGUGGUGUUUCUAUGUGCAAAAAAAAUCGUUAUCUAAAGCUAAACGAGCUAUUAUAGAAAUUGCUGCUAUUAGAAAUGUCUAAACUAUAAGCUUCCAAUUAUUAAUUGCUUGAAUGUAAAUAUUAAAUGGAGAUGUUGAAAGUGCAUUUGAUGUUCUGCAGCUAGUGUAGAUCGGAGUGCAAAGCCCAGCUGCUGCGAGCUGCCAGCGGCGCAUCCUGGUCUGAGGGCUGUGUCACAGGGGAAGAAAUGUAUCAUGCAAUCAUGGCAAAGGACUAUAAACCUUUACAAAAACUA